AUGGCUGAAUUUAGAUAUCUGAUCCACUUUGCAGAUGAAAAGGGAGACAGAUUCUUUGCUGAUAUCGACUCUACGGAGCCCGUCAUUGGGGCACAAGUCAACGCACAUCGCUCAUUUGAGGACCUGAAGGAGAGGAGAAAUAGUGAAAUUAGGUCUAUCGCCAAGCUUCUCCCCCCUGUCCCUGCACACGAUCUGCCGAUCUACUGCGUGGGACUUAAUUACAAGAGCCAUGCAAAAGAAGCAAAGCUUAAUGUCCCCGCAAAUCCUCCGGUGUGGACAAAACCCGCUGCCGCUCUGGCCGGUCCCGAUGAGACAAUCGCGAUGAACCGGUUCUGUGCGUCCCACUUACCAGACUGGGAGGGCGAGCUCUGCUUCGUGACCUCGCGCGAGUGUCGCGACCUCAGCGUUGAAGAGGCAUCCUCUUGUAUCAUGGGCUAUACCAUUGGGAACGACCUAUCCUGCCGCUUUUUCCAACUGCCGGAGCAGUCAGGCGGGCAAUUCUUCUACGCCAAGGCCUUUGAUAGAUUUGCGCCUGUUGGCCCAGUGCUGGUGCACCCUUCCGUCUGGGGCAAGGUUAAGAAGACGGCCCGGUUGGUGACGCGCAUCAAUGGGCAAGUCAAGCAGGACUCUCACAUGAGCACGGAUAUGAUCUACGAACCGGCGAGAAUUCUUAGUUGGAUGUCGCAGGGCACCACAAUUCCCGCGUAUACGAUUGUUAUGACGGGGACUCCUGCGGGUGUGGGUGUAUUCCAGUCCCCACGACAAUUUCUCAAGGAUAAGGACUCGGUCGAGAUGGAGAUUACCGGCCUCGGAGUGCUGAAAAACCGGAUUGUGUUUGAAGAAGGCCAGGACAAUAUGCUGUGA